AUGAAGGUUCCUAAACCUUCUAAAGUUUUGGUCAUUGGAUCCGCCGAGGGCCGUGUCAUUGAAGCCCUUGAGUAUAUCGCAGACCUUCACAAAACCCACAAUUUCAAAUUUGUCAUUUGUCUUGGAAACCUCUUUACUCGAAAGACCCCUACCGCUGUUGUUUCCAAGUUAAAGAAUGAAAAGUUUUUGGUCCCUUUGCCAGUUUAUUUCGGCGUUGGUUCGGCUGGCAUGCCCGAAGCGGUGACCUCCCACAUGGCAAUGUACGGCCCUGAAAUCUGUCCCAACUUGUUUUGCAUGGGUAUUUGCGGUUUCAUGAAGACGUAUUCCCGCUUUACCAUCGCUCAAUUGGGUGGUACCUACGACGAGGUCAAGUUCAAUGAACCUAUGAAUAAGCGUGAAAAGAGUUUGACUGAACGCUCUUUUCAUCUUACUGACGUUCAAACUCUCUCCAAGCGCUGUGACAUCCUUUUUUCCAACAGCUGGCCUGAAAACGUUCAAAACAAAUCUUCUUUGCCUCGUAGAAACCUCCCUUCUGGUAAUGCUCCUGUCGCCGCCUUGGCUGCAAAUUGUAUGCCCCAAUACUUCUUUGUACCAAGUCCCGUCUAUUACGAACGCGAGCCUUAUAGAAACUCUGCAGUCAAUGUUCCCUCUGGUACGGUGUCUCGCUUUUUUGGCAUUGCGCCUUUUAAAAACCCAACCGGUGAAAAAUUCGCUUACGCAUUUACCUUGAAUCCCUUAACCGGUGAGUACGUGGGAGACGUUCCUCCAAACUGUACUGAUUCACCGUUCGUCUUGAGACCCAUCCCUCUCAAGCGUGCCUCCAGUGAACAAGUCAUUCCUCCUCCUGAUAGUCCUAUUUCGACCGAGUCAGGAUUCACUAGAUUCAAGAAGUCUAAAGUUGGACCCGAUGCUUGCUUCUUUUGUCUUAGUAAUCCCUCUAUUUCACUUCAUUUAAUCGUUGCUAUUGGCAAUGAAGCUUAUAUGGCUUUACCAAAAGGACCUCUUACCACCAAAGAUACCAAUGCACCUGAACUUCCGUUUCCCGCUCAUGUAUUGAUAAUCCCUAUUGCUCACGCUUCUGCUUUAAGUUUGCUAUCAGAUUCUUCCUACAAAAGUACCGUCGACGAGUUACAUCGUUUUCGCGAAGCUGUUACUCAAAUGUAUAACGCACACAAUUCUGAUGCGAUUGUAUAUGAAAUCAGUAGAGCAAAUGGUGUUCACGUCCAUUGGCAAGUCAUUCCUAUUCCAAAGGCUCUUUCCCCGACGGCUUUAGAAUACUUUACCAAUCAAGCUAAAGAAUCCGGGUUCGCUUUCGAAGAGCGUGAUAUUCGAUCCCAUGAGCUAAACUAUUUCCGAGUUUUCCUUCCUACUGGUGAGAUCCUAGUCCAUACACUUUCCCUUCGAGAAAGAUUUGAUUUACAAUUUGGCAGACGUGCCACUGCGAAAAUUAUUGGUAUUGAGGAUAGAGUAGAUUGGAGACAUUGUAGUCAAACGGAAGAAGCGGAAAAAAAGGAUGUGGAAGACUUUAAAUCUUACUUCAAACCUUACGAUUUUACCUAG